AUGCAACCCCUUCAGCUGUACGACCCCUUCAAGAAGCCGACGUCGAUCCAGGUCCACAAUCUCGUCGCGGAGAACACGAUCGCGAAGGAGGGUCUCUACUUCGGCGACGUGGACUACGAGACUGUCCCGCCUGCGAUGAAUGUCAACCUCCACCGAUAUUGUCGAGGCAUCCGCUUCCUGUUGACGUCGCCUUCAGUGUUCAUGAACGAGAGUGGUCGCCUGCUUGCGUGCUGUCACCAGAUAUACAAUGGUUGUCUGGAUGCUCUGGGUUCCGCACCUGUUAUCCAUCAUGGCGACGAGUACGUAUCCAAAUUCUGCUGA